GUUAGCUUUCUACUGAAUAACAACCCAACUUAAUCACAAAAAACAUUAUAUCAUAUUUUUACAAAAAAAAAAGGUUUCUCUUUGUAAGUCCAAAGAAAAUGGGAAGAUCACCAUGUUGUGAGAAAGUGGGAUUGAAGAAAGGACCAUGGACUCCUGAAGAAGACCAAAAACUCAUGGAUUACAUUGAAAAAAAUGGAUGUGGUAGUUGGCGUGCUUUGCCAACUAAAGCCGGACUCAAGAGAUGUGGAAAAAGUUGCAGAUUAAGAUGGAUAAAUUAUUUAAGACCUGAUAUUAAGAGAGGAAAAUUCAGUUUGCAAGAAGAACAGACAAUCAUUCAACUCCAUGCCCUUCUUGGUAACAGAUGGUCAGCUAUUGCGACUCAUUUGGCUAACAGAACGGACAAUGAAAUUAAGAAUUAUUGGAACACGCACUUGAAGAAGAGGUUAACCAAGAUGGGCAUUGAUCCAAAUACUCAUAAACCAAAAUCCAACAUCUUUGGUUCCGCAAACCUAAGCCACAUGGCUCAGUGGGAAAAGGCUCGUUUAGAAGCUGAAGCUCGACUUGUUCGCGAAUCCAAAAAACAACACCAACAAAUUAUUUCGAACAAUAACAAUAACAUUAAUAAUUAUAAUAAUAUCCACUUUAGUCCUAAUAAUUUGACUACUACUACAACAACAAAUGUUUUACCACCCCUUCAAACAAAAUUACCCUCUCCACCUUGUCUUGAUGUGUUAAAAGCAUGGCAAGGAGGGGCAAAUUGGUCAAUUAUGCCAAAAAUUACCAAAGAUAAUUUUUUCGAUAACCCUCCAAUAUCCACUUCAAAUUUAUCUCUAAUCAUGGUACCAAAUAAUAAUAGUAUUACAGGGGCUGGAUUAAUUGAUAAUUCAUGUUUGAUUGGUACUGAAAAUUUCAUGGAGAAUAACAUUAAUGGCAUUUCAUAUUCUAAUUAUCCAAAUUUGAAUACUAUUCAAGGGUUUACACACUUGGACCAUGUUCUUGGAAGUCGUGAAGAAGAAGACGACAACGACAACAACGACAACACUUAUUGGAACACUAUACUAAAAUCUUGUACUUCAUUUGUUGAUGGUUCAUCAGUAUUUUAAUUAAUUAAUUAAAAUGGUCAUAUAUAUUGUAAUAGCUAAUUUAUAAGUUUGUAUAAGUACAUGAAUUAGGACUUAGGAAAUUCUACUUUAGACUAAGAUUAACAAACCUUAGUCUAAAGAAGAAUUGCCUUGAGUUUUAAGCAUUUAAGGCAUUAAAUAUAUUGUACUAGUCUAGUCCUUUAAUUUGAUAGUUUAUUUAACUUGCUAGUUGUCAGUA